CCCAGCUAGGGGCUGAGCCCACAACAUGUUGGCCCCCAAAGCCUGGUCCCCCAUGAGACUGGGGGUUCAGGGCCUGGGCCACUGGGCCACCCGGGGACUGGUGGGCCGGGCGGCCCAAAGCGCGAAAAAGAUGGACAUCGCCGGCAUCUAUCCCCCCAUAACCACUCCGUUCAAGCCCACCGCCGAGGUGGACUAUGGCAAGCUGGAAGACAAUCUACACAAGCUGGGCACCAUCCCUUUCCGAGGCUUUGUGGUCCAGGGUUCCAAUGGGGAGUUCCCUUUCCUGACGAGCAGCGAGAGGCUGGAGGUGGUGAGCCGGGUGCGCCAGGCGAUGCCCCAGGACAAGCUUCUGCUGGCAGGCUCCGGCUGCGAGUCCACUCAAGCCACCGUGGAGAUGACGGUCAGCAUGGCUCAGGAGGGGGCCGACGCGGCUCUCGUUGUGACCCCGUGCUACUAUCGCGGCAGGAUGACCAGCGCGGCCCUGAUUCACCACUACACCAAGGUGGCCGACCUGUCUCCAGUCCCCGUGGUGCUGUACAGCGUCCCCUCCAAUACGGGGCUGGAUCUGCCUGUCGAGGCCGUGGCCACCCUGUCCCAGCACCCCAACAUCGUGGGGCUGAAGGACAGCGGAGGGGAUGUGACCCGGAUUGCCUUGAUCAUCCACAAAACCAAGAAACAGGAUUUCCAGGUGCUGUCGGGAUCGGCGGGCUUCCUGCUGGCUGGCUAUGCCGUAGGAGCUGUGGGAGGCAUCUGUGCCCUGGCCAAUGCCUUGGGGGCCCAGGUGUGCCAGCUGGAGCGGCUCUGCCUGACGGAGCAGUGGGAGGCCGCCCGGGAGCUGCAGUACCGCCUCAUCGAGCCCAACACGGCGGUGACCCGGCGCUUUGGGAUCCCAGGGCUGAAGAAGGCCAUGGACUGGUUCGGCCUGUACGGUGGCCCCUGCCGGGCCCCGCUGGCCCCGCUGAGCCCCGUUGAGGAGGACCAGCUGCGUCGAGACUUCAGUAGCCAUGGCUGGCUGUGAGGGGCCGGCGGAGAGGGAGUCGGGCCAGGCCGGGAGGUCCGCCUCUGCUUUCUGCCCCUCCGAGGGCCUGGGUCGGGGCUCUGGGGUGACACAGUCCUCGAACCUUCUCUAGCCACUUCCUUUCCUUCCAUGGUACCCCAGGCUCUGCGGCACCUGCAGGGGCAAAACAGCUCAGAUUUUCCCCUUGCGGUGAGGAUUCUGGUUUGGGCCCUGUCCUUCUCUGUUCCUCUUAAGGCUCCUUUGGGGAGGGAGCCAGGGGUCCCAAUGCCAGGGCCCAGCCCCCUUUUCGAUGCAUCCCCGGACCACCUCUGAGGGGUGAGGAAGGAAUGGACCGGAGUUCCCCGAUCCACCCUCUCCAAAAGGCAGGCUCCAGACCCAGUGAAAGUGCAGUGCACUCAGCCUCUUCCCCGGCCUCUCACCGGCCCUUUCGGCUGCCGUAGCUUCCACUGCUGCAGGAACAGGGUAGCUCCAGUGGCUACAGUAGCUGGGGGCUGUGGUGAGCGGUCGGGAACCAGGACGCACUGGAUUUAGGUUGCUGUCCCCAAACGACCCCAGUCCGGCCGUCUCCCCCACAUCCACCAUUUAGUGCCUUUCUCAGGGCUUAUCGCUAAACCCUGGACCCGGAGGCCACCCCUCUUCGGGCACUGCUUCUACAGUCUAAUUUUAGACUGUGAGCCCACUGUUGGGUAGGGACUGUCUCUAUAUGUUGCCAAUUUGUGCUUCCUAAGCGCUUAGUACAGUGCUCUGCACAUAGUAAGCGCUCAAUAAAUACGAUUGAUGAUGAUGGCGCAAUGGAGCAAGGAUAGACACCCCUUUUUGAGCCCCUCCCUCCGCUCGGUCCAGGACGGCCAUCCAACCUCCUCACCUCUAGUUAUUACUCCUUUCUCCUCAGCAUCCUGUCGAUCAGGGUCUGUCGGACCCUGGAGUCUCCGUGGAGACCCUUCUCCAGGGAAGACCUCCUCUCCUGGGGUCUCCCUGCCAUUCCCAGGCUCAUUCCCAUUACUCUCUUGGGUGCCAACUGGAGGAAAAUGAUUCCCUCAUGCCACCUGCUGGACCGACGAUCCGCUUGGGACCCCAAGAACCAGCCCACGUCCUGGAAUCUACUUUGCUGAAGGGAGGAUUGAUCCCUAGUUUAGCCUGGCCUGGCCCUGCCUCAUUACCUGGUCAAAGAAUCUUUGCUCACUGCCCUUCUGCUUUCUGUCUGCAAAGUCAUCCCAGUGGAACGACAAUAAAGCUUAUAUUAUCAUCAAG